AUGGCGGCUCGCCCCAGGCGUGGGCCCAACGAGUUCGUCUCCUACCGCCAGCCCGGCGCGAGCGAGGCGUCCAUGCAUCACCAUCCUGGCGACGAGCGCUUCCCCGGCGGGCCGAGCCACGGCGAACUCCAGGAGGUCGACGAGCCCGAGGCGCCGGCGCAGCCGCCCGGCGGCGGGCGCGGGCCCUACUACAUGGCGCCGUGGCAGAGGCGGGGCCGGCCGCCGCCACAGCCGCUGCCGCCAGUGGCGGUCGACGAGCCGCGGUACCGGUACGAGCGCGUCCCGGGAGAGCAGAGGAUGAGGAUCCCGGGGCCGGUCCAGGCGCCGCGGAUGGGCGCGCGCCCGACCGGCAACGGCGGCUACCGGACCAACACCACGAGGGUCGAGCGCGUCACCACGAUCAAGCAAGACGACGACGGCGGCGGGCCUUACCAGGCGGGCGCGCCGGUGCCGAGCAACGGGAGCCCGCAGCAGCAGCAGCAGCAGCAUGAUCACCAGGGGUCGACGUCGCAGGCGCCGGCAGGACGUCCCCGCUGGACGCCGGGGAGGAGGACUCCGGCAGGCUCCCCGGGCUUCCUCUCGCCGGACCACGGCAGGAAGAAGCGCAGGCAGCUGCCGGCCUUCUGCUUCACCCUCUGCUGCAUCCUGUUCUGGCUGGCGGUGGUGGUGGUCGGCGUGGCCGUGCUCACCGUGUACCUCUACUACCGCCCGCAGCCGCCGAAGCUCCGGGUGACCGACGCGUCCCUGAACGCCGGGUACGUGGACGAGCUGACCGUCCCCGGCGGCCCGGCCCGCGGCCUCGCGCUCAACGCGGACCUCACCGUGCUGGCCGCCAUCACGAGCCCCAACGCCAAGGUGAAGAUGGUCCUCUGGUACAUGCAGCUGGACCUGUACUUCGAGGGCCACAGGAUCGGCACUUCGACGGUGCUGCCGGCGCCGCUGUUCGAGGACCCCCGCACCUACGCGCUCCGGACCGUGGACUUCGUCGUCAGCGAGGCGCCGCUGUCGCGGGAGGACGCCAUUGCGUGGCGGAACGGGACGGUGGCGGGCGGGCCCGUGAAACUCAAGCUCGUCGGGAAGUUCCACACGCAGCUCAACUUCGGGCGGUGGCUGCCGUACAGGUACUGGGUGUACCCGCGCUGCACCCUCUGGAUGGACCCGCCGCCCACCGGCAAGCUGGUGCGGGCACGCUGCUGA